UCGCCGAGCAGUAGCCGCAGCAGUGGGAUGUUUACCUGGCGGUGCCUCAUCCUUUGGGCUGUGCUGGUCACAGCCGCGCUCUCAGCUGCCAGGCCGGCCCCCACCCUGCCCGACCAAGUUCUGCCCAAAGCAAAAAUCGAAGUGGAGUCCUACUCGGCCCACCCCGGUGACCUCCUCCAGCUGCGCUGCCGGCUGAGGGAUGACGUCCAGAGCAUCAACUGGGUGCGCAACGGCGUCCAGCUGACCGAGAACAACCGGACGCGCAUUACCGGGGAGGAGGUAGAGGUCAGGGACGCGGUGCCCGAGGACUCGGGGCUCUAUGCCUGCAUGACCAACAGCCCCUCGGGAAGCGAGACCACCUACUUCUCCGUGAACGUCUCAGAUGCGCUCCCCUCCGCAGAGGACGAUGAUGACGAAGAUGAUUCCUCUUCGGAGGAGAAGGAGGCGGAUAACACCAAGCCGAACCAGGCCAUUGCUCCCUACUGGACCUAUCCCGAGAAGAUGGAGAAGAAGCUCCAUGCCGUCCCCGCUGCCAAAACGGUGAAAUUCAAGUGUCCGUCGAGCGGGACGCCCAACCCCACGCUGCGCUGGCUGAAGAAUGGCAAGGAGUUCAAACCCGACCACCGCAUCGGGGGGUACAAGGUCCGCUACGCGACCUGGAGCAUCAUCAUGGACUCGGUGGUGCCGUCUGAUAAGGGCAACUACACAUGCAUCGUGGAGAACAAAUACGGGAGCAUCAACCACACCUACCAGCUGGAUGUCAAAUGGGUGCUGCACCCUACAAAGAUGGGGAUGGGGAGCGCUCACAGGGACGGGGCACACUCGCUGUCCCCACAGCCGCCCACCCCAGUGCAGAACUCUGCAGCACAGCGGGUCCGCGAGCAGCACUCGGGGAUUAAUAGCUCUGAUGCGGAGGUGCUGACCCUGUAUAAUGUGACAGAGGCGGAGAGCGGGGAGUAUGUUUGUAAGGUUUCCAAUUAUAUUGGCGAGGCCAACCAGUCUGCGUGGCUCACUGUCACCAGACCUCUGGCAAAAGGUAAUCGGAAGAAUUCCCGGCGGGGUGUUUCCUCGGACCGUCAGUCCCCGGCGGUGGAAAACAAAACUCUGGGCUCUCUCGUUUCUGCUGUGUUUCUGACGGCUGGCGUUAACACAACAGACAAAGAAAUGGAAGUCCUUCACUUAAGGAAUGUCUCAUUUGAGGAUGCUGGGGAGUAUACAUGUUUGGCGGGUAAUUCUAUUGGGAUCUCCCAUCACUCUGCAUGGUUGACAGUUCUCGAAGCUAUUGAAGACACCCCAGCCAUGAUGACAUCCCCCCUCUACCUGGAGAUCAUCAUUUACUGCACUGGGGCGUUCCUCAUCUCCUGCAUGGUGGUGACCGUCAUCAUCUACAAGAUGAAGAGCACCACCAAGAAGACAGACUUCAACAGCCAGCUGGCCGUGCACAAGCUGGCCAAGAGCAUCCCCCUGCGCAGACAGGUAACAGAAACUGACGCCACGGAGAAGGACUUGUCUGACCUCAUCUCUGAGAUGGAGAUGAUGAAGAUGAUUGGCAAGCACAAGAACAUCAUCAACCUGCUGGGAGCCUGCACGCAGGACGGACCCCUCUAUGUGAUCGUGGAGUACGCGAGCAAAGGCAACCUGCGGGAGUACCUGCAAGCCCGGCGGCCCCCUGGCAUGGAGUACUGCUACAACCCCACCCGUGUCCCCGAGGAGCAGCUCUCCUUCAAGGACCUGGUCUCCUGCGCCUACCAGGUGGCCCGGGGCAUGGAGUACCUGGCCUCCAAGAAGUGCAUCCACAGGGACCUGGCGGCCAGGAACGUCCUGGUGACUGAGGACAAUGUGAUGAAGAUCGCUGACUUCGGUCUGGCCCGUGACAUCCACCACAUAGAUUACUACAAGAAGACGACAAACGGUCGCCUGCCGGUGAAGUGGAUGGCCCCAGAGGCUCUCUUCGACCGAAUAUACACUCAUCAGAGCGACGUGUGGUCCUUCGGCGUGCUGCUGUGGGAGAUCUUCACGCUGGGCGGCUCGCCCUACCCCGGCGUGCCGGUCGAGGAGCUCUUCAAGCUGCUGAAGGAAGGUCACAGGAUGGACAAGCCCAGCAACUGCACCAACGAGCUGUACAUGAUGAUGCGGGAUUGCUGGCACGCCGUCCCCUCCCAGAGACCCACCUUCAAGCAGCUGGUGGAAGACCUGGAUAGGAUCGUGGCCAUGACCUCCAACCAGGAGUACCUGGACCUCUCCAUGCCGCUGGAUCAGUAUUCUCCCGGCUUCCCGGACACCCGCAGCUCCACCUGCUCCUCAGGAGAGGACUCUGUUUUUUCCCACGACCCUCUUCCAGACGAGCCGUGCCUUCCCAAGUUCCCCCCUCAGCACACCAACGGCGGACUGAAGCGACACUGAGGGUGGCACUGCCAGCAGGGACUGCCAUGCCGUGCCCGCGCCCGCGGGCUGCCGGCGGAUGCUGCCUGCGCAGCCCGGUCAUGCUGAGCUAUUGCAGAAAGGGUUCAGAGACACAACCGUAGCAUCUCACGUAACCAAACCCACCCACCUCUCAUGCCAGCUUCUCCUGCCGCCUUAGUUGUGAGCUCUCUGCAGCCCAAAGGUUUUGUUCUGGUGUUUUUUUGGUGUUUCCUUUUUUUUUUUAAAAAACCUCUUUUCCAUG